UGCUAGAUACAAGCAAAGUAUCACAGCUCUUCAACAUACCCUAGCUUCUAUCUCAUACCUUUGACCUCGGAACGAAACUCUCGCAUCUCUGCCCCGCGAUCGACACCCGACCAUACAAGCUACCAGUUACUAGAUACCGGGGAGAUAGUCAUCUGGACUACGUUAUAAUCUUCAGCUCAAGAGUAUCCUCGGUCAAGCACUAUUACAGCAACUUUACCCAAGCUAAUCAUCUUCAGCUACAUCUCAUCAUGAGCUCUCCGAAACGAAGGACCGAUACGGACGUGAUGAAGCUGUUGAUGUCCGAUUACGACGUCAAUCUCGUCAACGAUAGCAUGUCCGAGUUCUUUGUCAAGUUUCACGGGCCCAGCGAAACUCCGUUCGAAACCGGCUGCUGGAAAAUCCACGUAGAACUCCCCGCUCAGUAUCCGUACAAGUCGCCCUCGAUCGGGUUCAUGAACAGGAUCUUUCACCCGAACAUUGAUGAGAUAAGCGGGUCGGUCUGUCUGGAUGUGAUCAACCAGACCUGGUCCCCGAUGUACGAGCUGGUCAACAUCUUUGAAAUCUUCCUUCCCCAGCUCCUCCGAUACCCAAACCCCUCGGACCCCCUCAACGGAGAGGCUGCCGCUCUGCUCAUGCGGUCCCCCGACCAGUACAACACCCGGGUCAAGGAGUACGUCAAGAAGUAUGCUUCGCAGGAAGCAGCAGAGAAGGCCGGUGAUAAGAAGGAAGACGGCAAGGAGAAGACGGGCACGGCCGGGAAAGAUGGGGAUGAUGACAGCGACGAGGAUGAGGACGACGGAGAGAUGAGCGACAUGGGAGAUAUGGGAUCGGACGAAGAGGUCGCUGGGGAUUUGGACCUCUAGUUGGAACGACCUUUUCGCUGGCCCUCCUCCGCACCUCGUCGUUUGAU